GUCAUUGAAGACGGAAUAUUACUAUGAUUCGCGGUUGAAACCUAUCGGAGAUAGAGAAUCAUAGCCUUUGGCCCUGUAUUUACGAAUCUACAGUUGACUAAUUGAUAUAUUUGACAACCAACCACCAUAAUGGCUCAAAAGGAAAAAUGCUCAAAUUUCGUAGUCAUCGGAAUAGUUGUAGCUGCUAUUGCACUAGUUAUUGCUAUACUGGUGCUGGUAUUAGUGCUUGUACUCCGGGACACAGACAACGAAUUUGAUAUAACUGAGUGUUAUGAAGAGGUCGAUGGAAGCGACUACCGCGGUGUAGUGAAUACAACAAGAACUGGUGACGAAUGUGCCAAAUGGACAGCUCAAACACCUCAUUACCAUUCACGAACGCCGGAAAAUUAUCCAAAAACUGGUCUGGGGGACCACAACUACUGUCGAAAUCCUGACGGUGACGUGGGUGUGUGGUGCUAUACGACAGAUCCUGAUACGCGAUGGGGAUAUUGUGAUAUCGGCUCACCGAGUGAUGAUUGUGGUGGAACUACACUAGAACCAACUACAGUAAUACUAGGUUCUACUUCAGCUGAGAACCCAGUUUACACUACUAUAGCAACUGAACACGUGAGUACACCAGGUAUUGUAACAUACAAAACAACGGAAGCAAGUAUUACAACAAUGGGUACAACAGAAGAAAGCGUUACAACAAAGGAAACGACAACUAUGUUCGUUAUUGACACAGACGAAUGUUUUAAGGAACAAUAUGCAAGUGACUAUCGUGGAACAGUUAACACAACCAUUCACGGUAAAACUUGUCAGAAAUGGUCAGACCAAACUCCUCACUCUCACACCAGGACUCCAGCUAACUUCCCAGGCGCUGGCCUUGGUAACCACAACUAUUGUAGAAACCCUGAUGGAGAAAUACAAACAUGGUGUUACACAACAGAACCUGGUACACGUUGGGAACUCUGUGAUGUCGGAUACCCAUUCGAUAACUGUGUUUUUACAUCUGAUUCACCAACAUUUGUUCCAACAAUCUAUUAUGAAUAGAGUAUCUAACAACGACAGAGUCACAAGUUUAAAGAUCAUAUGUCUAUCUGGGAUUGGAUUUAAAAAAUACUAUGGUUACAUUUUGCAUACACAAUUAGAAAUUAGUAUACAUUUUAGUGAAGUGGUUAAAUAUAAUGUGUGCUGCAAGAACAUUUAAACAUCACAUAUAACUAUUUAUGGGAUUACCAGGAUUGUUAUAGAUAUAUUACUUUUGAGAUUUUAAGAUUAAAUGUAUUAGUUUACUUAUAUUUCGUGAUGUGAUACAUAAGUCAUAUUUAUCACAUUGAUUAGAUACUGG